AUGCCUGGAAAAGUGAAAGAAACAGUUGCUACCAGUUCUUCAUUACCCCAAGCUAACCUGGACAGGAGGGAAGUCAUACAGUGUGAAGCAUUGUCAAUACAGAGUCAGAAAGGAGAAAGAAUGCACUUAGAAUACCUUGAUAACAUGCAGGAAAGAGAAGGUCCAGCUCCAAGGGAUAGAUGGACUAAUGAUGGUGGUGAUACCCACGGUGAUACGGUCGGUAGCAAGGAGAUGGAGGCUCGAUGGACUAAUGAUGGUGAUACCCACGGUGAUGUGGUCGGUAGCAAGGAGAAGGAGGCUCGAUGGACUGAUGAUGGUGGUGAUACCCACGGUGAUGUGGUCAAUAGCAAGGAGAUGGAGGCUCGAUGGACUGAUGAUGGUGGUGAUAUUCACGGUGAUGCGGUCAAUAGCAAGGAGAUGGAGGCUCGAUGGACUGAUGAUGGUGGUGAUACCCACAGUGAAGCGGUCAAUAGCAAGGAGAUGGAGGCUCGAUGGACUGAUGAUGGUGGUGAAACCGACGGUGAUGUGGUUAGUAGCAAGGGGAUAGCAGCUCAUCCAUCAGAAGUAGGAGAACUCCAUUGCCUUAUAAAGCAAGAACCUGAAGACACCAAUAGUGAUGAUGACAUCACAAAUAAAGAUGAUACUAAUGGUCUCCAUAACAACGAGAUGGAGGUUCGUUCGUCAGGGAAAGGGGCACUCGAGUGUGUUAUUAAGGAAGAACCUGUUGAUAUUGGAGAAGAAGAUCCUGUGGACUUUAUCAAGAAAGAACCUGUCAGUGUGGAAGGAUCCUAUCUGCAUGAAGGACCUUCCUGCAGCACACAAGAUGAGAAUUCAAGCCAGCUGAGCUUCCAUCAAAGAUCAGAGAACAUUCAGGUAAUAUCAGGUGAUACAUCAUAUGACAGGUCACAUGACCAGGAGCAUCUGUUGGAAGAUUCAUCAGAUACUGUCAUUGGAAGUCAAUCAAGUUUAUCUGCCCAUGAUGGUCACUCACGUGGCUCUGGUUUCUUAUUAAACGUGGAUUGCUCUCAAGGAUCAAGCUCUUCUGAAGUUGUUUCUGAAGCCAAUAGUUUUCUCUGUUCUGUCUGCAAAAUGGUGUUUGAAAACAGACAUGACUUGUGUAAGCAUCUCAAACAUACACAUGGAGUAGAAAAGCCGUAUGACUGUACCCUUUGCAGAAGAAGUUACAAGUUUCGCUGUGAACUGAAGAGACACCUUAAAGGUCAUACUGGCGAGAAAUGUCGUUCAGGAUCAAGUUCUUCUGAAGUUGUUUCUGAAGCAAAUACUUUUCUCUGUUCUGUCUGCAAAAAGGUGUUCAAUGAAAAAGAUGGAUUAUGUAAGCAUCUCAAAUUUAUUCGUAGAGUAGAAAAGCCUCAUGAGUGUACUAUUUGUUCAAGAAAUUUUAAGUUUCGCUGCGAGCUGAAGAGACACCUAAGAGAUCAUAAAGGAGAGAUGCGGCAUGCGUUUUCCUCUGGGGAUAAACGCAUCUGGGAUAUGUACAAGCUAAAUGACCUUAUGGCAGUCCGCAUGUCAGGAAAGAAACGUUUUACAAAAGAGAAGCAGUUUCAAUGUUCAUUCUGCAGUAAGACGUUUACCGGAAACUCAUCCCUGAAUCGACACGUAAAAUCCCACAUGGAGGGAAAACCAUUUCAGUGCACAGACUGCAGUAUGAGGUUUCUCGAUGCUAGCGCCCUCGCUAAGCACGCAACAAUGCACUCUGGAGAGAAACCCUUUGAGUGUUCUAUAUGUGGUAAACGCUAUGCUAAUAAGUAUCACUUUGCUGAUCAUAUGAAGCUUCACACUGGUGAGAGACCAUACGCUUGUCCAAUGUGCGAGAGAAGAUUUAUUAGAAAAGCAGAUAUGAAAAGACAUGUGACGAUCCAUACCGGAGAAAGACCUUAUGCUUGUUCUAUGUGUCCUAAGAGGUUUAGGAAUAGGAACACAUUUGUUCUGCAUUAUGAAAAGACACACAGAUACUAA